UGAUACGUCAUUGGCUUAUGUGUUAAAUGGUAAUCGUCCGAUAUAAUCCUCAUUGUAAAUUUUCACAAAGAUAUGCGAAAUGUGAGUGAUUGUUGGCGAGGAGGCACAACACAGUCAGACCACGAUGUCGUUUGAGGACUCAGAAGAAUCGUUUCUGCCAUUGGUAGACCUAGAUGAUGUAGCUGGGAUUAUUGGAGAUUUAUACGGCAUUUCAGCUGACGGUGUGAGCGAAUUGAAAGGGUUCAGCGAUAAGAACUUUUACCUAAAAGUCGCUCACCCGGAAUUACGUGGUGAGAAUGUUUGCACAGAGUUCGUACUGAAAAUUACCAAUCUUGAAGAUUCACGUAAGGUGACAUUGCUCGAAGGACAGACUGCGGUAAUGCUACACCUAAAAAGGCAAGGAGUCAAAUGUUGCCGACCAAUACUUAACAUGAAGGGUAAUUACAUGCAUUUGGUCCGUAUGAAGAAAAUAUGCAAUGGUAUUAAGAAGCACGGCAGUUAUAUUAUCAGACUGGUCAACUAUGUCAAAGGUCAGAUGAUGUCAUCGUUGGUCAUUGACUCAACAUUGCUUAGUCGUUUUGGAGUUUUUCUUGCCGAAAUUCAUCUAAGUCUUCAGAAUUUUAAACACGAUUCAUUUAAAGAAACCGACGAUUAUGAAUUUAAUUUAUCCCAAGUUGUCAACCUGUCGUCAUCGAAACUAGACGCCCUGAAUGAUGACCAUAAACAACAUCUAUCCCGAUCCGUUAUUGAAGCGUUUCGGACGGAAGUAUUACCAAAAUGCAAACAACUAAAAGAAGGUAUCAUCCAUGGAGAUUUCCGGCCCGAAAACAUUAUAAUAGAUUACACGGACAAGUCAAGUGCGCUGUUCGGGGUCAUUGACUUUGGAGACACGAUCCGUUCAUACGUACUAUUCGAUGUUGCCAUAGCGAUUGCGCAUUCAAUGUUACAUGACACAGAGAAUUGUCUAAACGUGGCUAGCCUGAUCCUUGGUGGUUAUACGUCCAUUUCACCGUUACCUACGUGGGAAUUACGUCUCCUCCUCACAUGUGUUCAAGCAAGACUAAUCCAAGUACUAGUAUUUUGUUGGAAUCGAUACCUAGAACUACCGGAAAACGCCGAUUACAUGUUGGACGCUGAACGAAAAGGUGGAUGGGAACUCGUCGAAACAUUGCAGAGCGUUUCCCAUACAGACUGGAUGCGAUAUAUUAAUGAAGCAGGUAAAUAAUAUAAUUAAUAUUACAAUCAAUCUGACUUUUAAUACUUAGCAUUAAUAAUAACUAUUAUCUUUUACCAAACCAAUUACCUUGCUUAUACCAGGGAGUUGUUAUAGUGACUAUAACAACUCCCUGCUUAUACUCUGUUAAUUGUGUUUUUCACAAUAUGUUUAACACCAUGGAACAUAAUGUUAUACAACAUUCUUCAUACCAUGUUUACUAUGUCAUGUUAUAAUAAAAAUGUUUAUCAAUUUAAUUAGUUAUUGAUCCAUAAAAUAUAUAAAUUGAUUGUAAUAAGCACUAUAAAUAAUGUGAUAUGUCAAUAUCGAGAACUAUAUGAUGUUGUUCAAAUGGGAAACAACUCGUACCGAAAGAACCAUACACUCUGGCGUGAUAGGGGAGAGG